AUGUGUGCAAUGUCGAGAGCCGGCGGCCCUUCCAGCCCUCUCUCUGUGAAAUGCUGCCAACCUGUGGCUAUGUGGCACGAGGGGCGCCAGUCCCUGCACACCGCAAGUCCUCCCCGAUCUGAUUUGCCUGCAGCUCGUGUCUUCCUGUCUGUUUCUCAGGCCGCUCUGAAAUCUGCCACAGCGCACUGCAGGCACAAAUGUGGCACCGAUCAGAACGCCGAUAGCAGCAGCACAGGCCAUACACCUUCUGAUACAGGAGAUCGGCAGGUGCUGCGGGCGCUGUGGAGCAUCAUAAACAACACCUUCAAGCGCUUCAGGGUAAGAAAGAGCAUUGUUUUUGCUAUUGACGGAGUGCCUCCGAUUGCAAAGCUCGCGAUAUCCCAACAGAGAAGGCUGCGAGCUGCACGGGCCGGGGUGCUAUCGGCUCGCAUCGAGGAGUCCUUCCGAGCAAGGCGAGCCAAAGAAGGGAUCGCGUCAGGUCUAAAUCGCUCCUCAGAGGAGUAUAACAGAUGCUACACCGAUGGGGAAGACUGCGAUACAAGCGAAGCAGCAGACGCCCUUGCAACAGAAGGAGCCCCCACCGGAAAAUCGGGAUACAGAAUCCGUUGGCUCUCUGCAUCUUUCGAGCGCGGUUCUACCCUUUGCGCUGUGCAUGCGUUGGCCACCCUUGCAGCUUCCUACUUGCUCUCUCCGGGGACUUACUUCAUGCGGCAGGUGGAGGGUCACUGCAGAAAGUUCGCAAAGCAGCUUCUUCUCUCGGGGCUUGUAGAGGCGUCGAAGGUCUUCCUCUCCGGCCCCUCCUCUUACGGGGAGGGAGAGCUGAAGCUCGCGGAUUGGAUAAAUUUUUCUUGCGACGCUGGUCGCUCUCAGACGCAGGAGGCUUCCUCAGAAUCCCAGGGGGCCUCAGAAAGGCGCAGCGGACGGAGUGCAUACAGCAGGGGACGACCCUGCCCUGGUUUAGGUCUUUUAAAAGUGAAGCCAACGGACAGCAUUGUGGUGAUUGGAGGAGAUGCGGACUUGGUGGUGCAGAGUCUUGCUCUGCCUUUCGCAUCGAACCUGUUUGUCUAUAAUCCGCAGUCGAUCGCGAGCUCCAAGACCAAGAGGGUCAUCUACUCUCUCCGAUCCUUACUCGGGGAGCUUGAGAGGCUUUUCCCAGGGCGGUCGCAUCUCGCGCGGAAUGACUUCGCACUGUUGUGCAUUUUAAAUGGCAACGAUUAUUUGCCAAAAAUACCGGGCUUCUCCUUUGCGCGUUUCGCCGCCGCUUAUGAGGCAACUCGCCGCAGGCCAGAAUGCGCAGACGGGGCGUGGGUAGACGCCAACAGUCGUUCUUUCGACUGGGGGUUCUUCAAAGUCUUCCUAGAAGAGCUCAACAAGAUCCACAGCUUGGAGACCGCGGCACGACAGAGGGAGGAGACUCUGAGGCUCAACGGCUCUAAACCAGCACGUGGCGUUUUUAAGGCAUCGCCGCUUCAAAUUGUCCACCAGCUUUUUGCCCAAAAGCGCCUUGUGGGGGCAGAGGCCAAAGAUAAGCUGCCGCAAGGGGCCCCCGAGGCUUCCCCAGAGAAGACUUGCGUUAGCGUUGCUAGCAGCGCUGGCGAUAAGAAGACAGCCCAACAGCGAGCGGCGCUGAAGCUGUUACAACUCUACUAUCCAGAGUUACUGCACCUUGUAGAGGAAGGCCCUUGGAAUGCAGUUGCCGCGGGAGGAGUAGGGAGCUCUGCUGACGCAGAGGAGAGUGCGAUACCCCAGCAUUUGUCUCCUGCUACAUUUUGCAAGGCAGCUGCUGCUCUCCGCGCUACAACCCCUUCCAACACGCUCAAUAAUCUAUGCUUGGUGCGAUCUCUGCUUCCUUCUGUAUUCAUCUGCGGCGUUCUUCAAAGUGGUUGCCGCUCCAUUGCCUUUGUACAGCCCCGUUGCAGCUGUUUGUACCGGCCUUUCUUCACACACAUGCACCGAAGCAAUAAGGUCCUUGUUUGUUCGGCCUCCAAUACUCAGGCGGCACUUCACGUGGCCCCCACCUUCGCCUUCACCUCCGAAGCCUGCGCAGCCUCCGUCGACACUGCAGAUUUAGACAGCGCAAGCAGCAAGAUAACGCCUCAGCGGACGGACGAGGCAACAGCUCUCAGACUUCCCAAGUGUCCAGAAACGUCGGAAUUCCCAAAAGAGAAGUGCAGUGGCGGGAGCCGCAGCAGCUCCAUGCGCGUGGAUGUGUUGGUAGGCGACCGCGUUUUGUUCUCAAGUCGAAUCGAAAAGGCGGAGUCUCAAGCCAAGGCCAGACUGAAGCACGCUGCUAGCAUGCAGGCUCUCCAGGCACUGGCGCCGGACUUGUAUGCCGGCCUAAGAGCCCAGGCCUGGACAAAUGACGGCCUCCAGUCCAGUGAAAGUGUUGCUUUCGCGGAAGCGGAAGGACAGGACUCAGCGGCAGCAGGGGAAAGCGCAGUCGGAGAGAAGGCGUUCACUGUAGAGGCGCACGUGGCUCAUGAAGCGGAGAAAACCGCGGCGUAUCUUAAAGGGCUUCUUUGGAAUCUGCAAAUGUACAUUGACGGCAUCUGCCCGAACAAUUUCUGGCAUUUCCCCUUUGACUCCGCUCCCUCGCUGCUUGCCAUUCAGGCAGAGGUGCAGCGCCAACUUAGAGGAAAUACCGCAGAAGGCCGAUUUUCGAACUCACCUGCGCCAGAAGCAGCUGCAGAGGACAGUGCAUCACUCGAGCAGCAAGCCGCCCCCAAGCCGGUCCCGCAAAGUCUGUACACUGCAGCGCUGCUUUCCCAAGAGGCCUUACAUGCCCUGGAAUCUCGGGAACGGUGCUCGAAGGAGCUCUUAGGGGGGCCCCCAGGGGGCACGCGGGCCGCCCCUUUGGCUCGGAGGCUCUUGAUGGCGAGGGCCUUGCUUGAGACAGUGGCGUCUCCGCAGGAGGACAGCAGCCCGCAGACUCAGACGGAGUCGCAGGGAGUCGGCGGGCCUGAGGGCUCUGCACACCGUGCAGACUCUCAAAAGGCCCUCAUCACCGCAACGCCCUCUUUAGUGCCUUUCUGUGGACCAGUGGAGAUAAGGCACCUCGAGUUUGCUGCUGCUUUGCUACGCUUAGGUACUGUGCUAAUAGCGUCGAAGCUCCUUGCGCAGCAGGCUAAAGACCGGACGCCUCCUGGAGAGGGGCUUCCCUCCAACGCUUUUGAUCCUUCGUAUUGCGCCUUAUUCGAGGAUCAACCCAGCAGUUACUGGACAGUUUUCAGGAAAGUCCCACGGGACAGGCCCUCAGGAGGGGCCUCCUCCGCUUCGGUUGAGGCGGCCUUAGGGGGCCCCCUGGCCAUGACGGCUAUAAGGGAGCGGAGAGCCCCCAUCUUCUGCCCCUCAGGAGCCAACCGCCCCUGGACCAAACCCCCCACAGAUCCUGAGCUCUGCAGUUUUUCUCUGAAUAUAUUGCGCAGGCCCCGCAGGGCAACAGCAGGGGGCCUCACAGAAGGAGUAACACACAAGGGGGCCACUGCAAGAGCAACGGAGCUUCCCCAGCUUUGCAGCACGCCGAGGGGGCCCCUUGAUACAAGGCCUUCACCCCCACAGUCCUCCACAGGACUGGAUGCCCUUCCUACUCGCUCGAGGCCGGCACCUGUACGCCGCUUUACAGUUCCAAGAAAGGCCUUAAAGGACCUUCCCUGGUCAAGCAGAAGCUCCCCUCUGUCGCUUGUUAUGUCUGAAGGGCACCUUAGGCCCCCGUCUCCCCCUCGCCCUCGCUGCUUGGCUUCUCCUGAUGGCCUCUUCCAUACGACAGUUCAGGCAACCCGCCAGCUAGCAGGAGGGGCUCUUGGGGCCCCCUGGAAAAACAUUCGGACGGCAGCUCCUACAAGAGCUUUCGUCUCUGCUGCCCUCCCCCUCCCUCAGCUUACGGAUCUCAAAGGGUGCGAGCUUACAGUCAUCACGCUUUACGGUGACAAAGAAGCGUAUGCGCUUAAUGAUGGUGCUCCCCCAUCAAAGGGCAGCCCCUCAAGGUCGGCCCCCGCCUUCAGAUGCUGUUUAAACGUGCUACGCCAGAGGGCAGAGGCCGAAUUGGUCAAACGCCACCAUCCAAAACCAACGGCUUAG